AAACAACUUCGCAUUUUAACAUGGCCAGUCCAGGUUGAAAAAGCGAUGGUCAAACCGAGGUUCUAAACAUCUUUGCACCUUGCCGAAAAAAGGUUAAAACUUUACACCUUUCAAUACGGUAGACUGAUCGAUUCAAUCUGAAAUGGAGACCAAAAACGACCGACCUUCUGUAACGUUACUGCUGUCCGAUUUUUUCCAACACACCUCAAUGCAUGGAGCUGAAAGGAUUGUAACUUCUCACGAAUGGAUCCGAAAAAUCCUGUGGAUAAUUUUGAUGUUAGGUGCGUUAGGUGUUUCAUCAUGGCAGAUACACCAACUAUACAGUCUUUACCACAAGCGACCCCUCGCCACUCAUGUUGCCAUCGAGCGUGACUCGGAUUUGACGUUCCCUGCCAUAACAGUUUGUGACUUGAACUCUUUGAGAAUCGAUCAAGUGAAAGGGGAAUCGGCAGCAGCCAAAGCACUUAGAAGAGAGUUGAAAGGAGUAAAUUGGUUGAAAAGAAACGACAAAGAUGACGAGGAGGAAGACCAACAUGAUGCAGAAGAGGAAGACCAACGUGAUGCAGAAGAGGAAGUGGAAGAGGAUCCACAAUUUAUAGCGAAGGAAAAACUUAUGACCAAAAUAGCUAAAACAAAUGCUCGUCAUGAUCUCACAGAGUUAGGCCAUCAGUUUGAAGAUUUUAUAAUUUAUUGCACCUUUCGUGGAAUCAACUGCGCGAAUUACUCCAGUACACACUGGACUCGUUUCUGGCAUUUUGCUUACGGGAACUGCUACGUUUUCAAUGGAGGGUACAGUGACCAAGGAGAAAGAACCAUUUUGUGGAAGUCAAGUGAAACAGGCCCCUUGUUCGGGCUUAGUCUGGAGCUGAACAUCGAACAAGAUCAGUACAUCGGAUCCCUGACACAAGAAGCAGGAGUGAGAAUUGACAUCUCAGAUCAAGGAGAAAUGCCUUUUCCUCUCGAUAAAGGACUGAGUCUUGCACCAGGAUAUGCCAUGUCUGUUGGAAUGAGGAAGGUUGUUAUGAAACGAUCGGAUCCUUUUCGGAACAACUCCUGCAUGAAAAACUCUGCCCCUGACAGCAUGAACCUUUUCAAGGAUACGAUGAAAGCGGAUUAUUCAACAGCUGCAUGCAAAAAGAGCUGCUGGGCACGAAAGCAACAAGAAAAGUGUGGAUGCGUUGAAUACAAAUAUCCAAGGCCGAAGUCUACUCGUUUCUGUGAAACCUCAAACAAAACAGACAGAGCUUGUGUCAGAAAAGUGAAAGACUAUUUUAUCCAGGGAGUACUGAACUGUUCCCAAUCAUGUCCUCCACCUUGCAAGGAGAGCACAUUCAAAUUCACUACAUCUUACUCGUUGUGGCCGACCACAAGUUCGGAGAAAUUCUAUAGAGCGAAAUUGAAGGCCAGGAAUAAGGAGGUGGACGGAGAAUCCGACGACUUUAGGAAACACAUUCUCAAAGUAAAUGUAUUCUUUGAAGAACUGAAUUACGAAGUUAUUUCGGAGGAUCCGGCGUAUGAGCUGCCAAGUUUUAUGUCAGACCUCGGAGGAUCACUUGGUCUUUGGAUAGGAAUGUCCGUUUUGACGUUUGCCGAAAUCUUGGAGCUGAUUUUACUCAUCUGUUAUACUUUGGCUCGAAAGCUGAAAAAUAGAGUGGAUGCCAGGUCAUCAACUGUCGCUGUUGAAAUGUUCCAACCAGAGUAAUGAUACCCAGUGGUCGAAAAGUGAUUCCUAACUGUAAUUUCAUGUCGGCAGUUUUUGGCGAUUAACUUAGUCUAGUUCGAAUGAUUUACGGGUAACAAAGCACAGUUGCCUAAACAGGACGUAGUUUACGCUUUUAUUUCAGUAGAUGGACAGUUGUUAUUUCUCUAAAACAUAAUAUGUAUGUAGUUAGCCGUCGCCGACGACCGAAGAUCUAUAGAAAGCCAGUAAAUAUAGUUGAACAAGAAGAAGAGCUACCUUGUAAAUACGAAGUAGACUGGUUUCGUUUCAAUAUGCUUUUUUUCUUUAAUUAAACAUUCACGACUAACAUGAGAAUAAAGCUAAAUUGAAUAACUAGUAAAGUUUGCAGAACAGGUUACCAGUGAAAAAUCAGUAACAAGCCGCAUGCAUCUCAGCCUCAUUUUGUAUAUUAUUGACUGCUUUAAGCCUAGCGAUAACACUUUAAUCUCUGAUUAAGUAUGUUGUCAUUUAAAUUAAUAUAAGGUUUAUUUUCCCCUUAAAAUUUCAAAAUCGAACCAGCUUCGGCCCUUUCAAUAUCUAUUUGAUUUAUAUAUGGUAGGAUUACGGAUAAAAUAUAUUGUUUUCUAAAGAUGC